UUGGUACUUGACAAGCUCCCGCUGACAAAUUGCACUGCGUGUGUCGAAUGUGACGUGGCGAAAGCGGUUUCCCUUUUACCUAAACACAAACAGAUACCAUGGCAGCAACUAAAGCAGCCAAAGAACAGAAGUACGACAGGCAACUCAGAUUAUGGGGCGACCAUGGUCAAGAAGCUCUUGAGAAUGCCCAUGUUUGCCUGAUCAAUGCUACAGCAACUGGGACCGAGAUCUUGAAAAACCUUGUCCUUCCUGGCAUUGGAGCGUUCACUAUUGUUGAUGGUCACACGGUUUCUGGAGAAGAUGUCGGAAACAACUUUUUCCUCAGCCCCGACAGUAUUGGAAAGAACAGAGCACAGGCUGCCACGGAGCUGCUCCAAGAACUCAACACUGACGUAUCGGGCAAUUUUGUGGAAGAGAGUCCUGACAUGCUGUUGGACUGUAAUCCCGAGUUUUUCCAUAGAUUUAGCAUUGUUAUUGGUGUGCAGUUGCCUGAAAGCACGAGUCUGAGGCUGGGCUCCGUUCUGUGGAGCGCCUCAGUACCAUUCCUGCUUUGUAAAACCUACGGGCUCAUUGGCUACAUGAGGCUGGUUGUGCAAGAGCACACAGUGAUCGAGUCCCACCCCGACAAUGCUUUGGAGGACCUGAGGUUAGACCGGCCCUUUGCUGAAUUCAAGAAACACAUUCAUUCCUAUGACCUCGAAAACAUGGACAAAAAGGAUCACAGUCACACACCUUGGAUUGUCAUCGUGGCCAAAUGUCUGGAAAAAUGGCUCAGCGAGCAAGACUCGCAGCUCCCCAGAAAUUACAAGGAGAAGGAAGCCUUCCGACAGAUCAUCCGGGAAGGGAUCCUGAAGAAUGACAAAGGUGUUUUGGAGGAUGAAGAAAACUUUGAUGAAGCAAUCAAGAACGUCAACACGGCUUUAAAUCCAACCCAGAUCCCGAGCGUUAUCCAAGACCUCUUUGACGACGAACUAUGUAACAACAUAACAUCACAGACUUCGGCCUUUUGGGUCAUGCUUCGAGCUGUAAAAGAAUUUGUACACAACGAAGGCUGCGGCAGCCUCCCUCUGCGCGGGACCAUCCCAGAUAUGAUCGCUGACUCGCAGAAGUUUAUCAAUCUUCAGAAUGUUUACAGGGAAAAGGCCCUGGAGGACGCGGCGUCUGUUAGCACAUACGUCGAAAGUCUGCUCCAGUCCGUCGGAAAGGCACCUGAAAGUAUCCCGGAAAAGGACAUCAGGCUCUUCUGCAAGAACGCUUCCUUCCUCCGCCUGGUGCGCUGCCGAUCUCUAGCGGCAGAGUACAACGUGGAUUCGGUCAACAGAGAUGAAAUCACUUCAUGCAUGGACAAUCCCGACAGCGAGAUGGUCUUCUACCUCAUGCUUCGAGCCGUCGAUCGCUUCUACCAGCAGCACUCCCGCUACCCCGGAGUGUACAACUACCAAGUGGAAGAAGACAUCAGCAAGCUGAAGCUGUGCGUCACCGGCCUGCUGCAGGAGUACAACCUCAACGUCAACAUCAAGGACGAUUACGUGCACGAGUUCUGUCGAUACGGUGCAGCAGAGCCCCACACCGUUUCUGCAUUCAUGGGAGGUUCAGCUGCUCAAGAAGCCAUCAAGAUCAUCAGCCGGCAGUUUGUGCCGUUCAACAACACCUUCGUCUACAACGCAAUGUCACAGACCUCUGCUACUCUACAGCUGUGAGCCAGGUACUGAACUCAUUUGCAAAACUAAAGGGACAUCCCUGGAUUUGGUUGUUCUUGCUGCUGGGUUUUUUUUUUUCCUUCAAAUAUGUGCACUUAAAGGUUGAUUCGGACAAAAGUAUUUAAAGUUCCUCGAGGGGAGGAACUGCAUGUCGACUCUUUGAUUAGUUAUUGUAUUCAUCCCACAUGACUGCCAACAUACACCUUAACUGUCUCAAUCACUGCUUUCUGAUGAGGACUUUUUCUAAAAAAAGAAAAAAAAAAUGGAGCUGUCAACAUUUCUCUGUUGAGUCCAAUGUUCUCCUCGUCCUUUGUAAAUUCGAGCAAGAUGAUCGGCGUGCCGCAGCAAAGUCGUUCGUCUUGGUUUUCAACCGUAGAUGGCGCACUUGCAUUCCCCCCGGUUCAAACUCCAUGGCUGGCCACUUGAUUAGGUACACUCAGGCAAUCAUUCCAAAUGUGAUCCUUUUUUUUUUUUUUUUUUUAUGUCCCAGCUGAAAUCACGUUGACAUAGCUGCUGUCAUUUUCAGUUCCGGAUGAUGUAAGAUAUCCGCGCGAAAUGAAAACACCGCGCUGUGUCGUCUACUUUAAAAAAUAAAAAGAUGUCGUCAUCAUCGAGCUCCAUUGACAAAGAGCAACAAACAAACUGUACAAAAACACAUGUACUGUGCACUACAACGUUAUUUGACGUGACAAUGAUUCGGAAGAGGAGAGCUAAGAUGGACUUCCCUUUAUUUGCUUACUGUUUGUUCCGCUUCUACUCCACACUCGGCGCAAAUAAAAUCGACUACAAAUAUAAA